ACCAAUCACACGAAGAAGAAGCAGAACUCGUUCUCUUCUGCGGCGCUGCUCUCGCUAACAGGCUAAUAGCAGCCUCUUGUUAAGGGGCCGGCGAAAGAUCUACUGUUGGUAAUUUCUGAUACUUUAGCCGAAUUAAAAGAAGCAUCUGACUAGAGGGCACUAACAAGCUGAUUGUUGAAAUGGGAGAUCCUGCUUUUCAUCGAGACUGUCCUCUUGACUGCAAGGUUUACGUGGGAAAUCUAGGAAACAAUGGGAAUAAGACAGAAUUGGAACGAGCUUUUGGGUAUUAUGGUCCUUUAAGAAGUGUGUGGGUGGCCAGGAAUCCUCCAGGUUUUGCUUUCGUAGAGUUUGAAGAUCCUAGAGAUGCAUCCGAUGCUGUAAGAGAACUGGAUGGCAGAACCAUGUGUGGCUGUCGCGUUCGUGUCGAGCUGUCAACUGGGGAAAAGCGCUCAAGGAGCCGCGGCCCCCCUCCGUCGUGGAGCAGGCGUCCCCGAGAUGAUUUAAGGCGGCGGAGUCCUCCAGUCAAACGCAGAUCACCGAGGAGGAGGAGCCUGAGCCGCAGUCGCAGCAGGUCUGUGUCAAGGGAAAAACGCAGAUAUCGGUCUCUGUCCAGAGACAAGACUCGUAAACGUUCUCGAUCCUUCUCCCGAUCAAGGAGUCGUUCCAGGUCUAACGAAAGGAAGUGAAGUUCCUGGAUUGCUCUGCAAGAUCAUGCGAAGCUUGCGAAGAGGAACGUUUUUAUAGUGCCACUUUUCUUUCUUACAGUUUGUUUGAAACUUUAAAGAGCCCUACACAGGUGUUAUCUUAUGCCUUGUUAUAUCCGUUAAAAGAACAACAAAGGACAGGAAGGGUCUUAGUCUGUCAGCUGUGGUGGCAAGAUUUCCUUUGUUUUGUUUUUGUUUGUUUUUUAAGCUUUUUUUUGUACAAUUAUUCACAUGGAAGAAUUUGACUUGUCCUGCAUGUUUUGAAACUGAAUAAUGCCUUUUAGUUUUAACAGAGGACUUUUUUUUUUUUUUAACUGUUGAAACAAAUUCUUUGUUUUUUUUUUUUUUUUUUUUUUUUGCUUCAUUUUGUCCAUGGUUGUUUCUACUACGUUCAUUGGGUUACUGUGAGAUGGAGGGACUUAACAGAUACUGGUGCUGUUAUUUGGAGGCUGUUCCCUUAAACACAAUCUGUUGUUCUGUAUUCUACUUACUGUAUAUUUGUUUACAAAAGCCGGUAUUUACUUUAAUUAGCUUGACUCUCAACUUCAACAAUUUGUGACAAUGCAGUUAAACAACUUCUUCAAUAAAUGUUUUUCCAAGCUGA